UAUUACAUUUUGAAAAUGGCCGCGCAGGAUCAGUCAGUCGUAUCUCCAAUCAACGCCAGUGGAGCAAACAUGGGGAGCCCCCAAGGGUUUCAAGUCCUUCCUCGAUAUUUGUUAGGAGGAGGAGGAGCUGUCACUACUCCUCCUGGAGUCUUGGGACCUCAUCAAGGUUUGUCUUCAUUGAUGACUAGUGGUUUAGUUCAUUCUACACCAGCGUCAACAUCUGGUCUUGUUGCAUAUGGACAACAGCAAGCAGUGAGGAAAGAAAGAAGUCCACUGACAGCUCCAAAGGACAAGAGUGGUGCACCACCUGUGGAAGGUUUGUACGAUAACUCUGGUUAUGCUGUGAAAGAAAGUACACCACGUGAGCCAGCUGCCAGACUACAUUCACAGGGUCUGUUUACAGCGGUUCCAUCAACAAUCAGAGCAUCUCAUCCAUCCGUUAGUUUAUUAUCUCAGAGUUCUCCUUCCUCACCUGCACAACUAGAUCCAUUUUAUCUCCACGGAGAGUCAAUAACAUGUGAAGAUCACUUUGAUGACUGCUGGGUAACUGUGUUUGGAUAUCCACCAAGUUCUGCGACGUAUAUCUUGCAGCAGUUCUCACAACUGGGAAACAUAUUGAAACAUGUGGUUGCUACAAAUGGAAAUUGGAUGCAUCUUAGGUAUCAGUCUCGCCUGCAGGCGGUCAAAGCACUGAGCAAGAAUGGGAAAGUUUUUGCAGGUGGCAUAAUGGUGGGAGUGCAACCAUGCAUUGACAAGGGUGUUAUUGUAGAAGGGGAUCAACAAAUCACAUCAGCAUCUGUCAGCCAGAACGUUCAAGAUACUCACACCGACAUAACAUCUCGUGGUGGCAUUCGGCCUCUCGCAGCAGCAUAUCGGGCAAUGAGCAGUCAGCAAGACGUGGAACCUAGGGAAGCUAACACACCACAGAAAAAUUCAGGUUUUGUUAAUAAAGUUUUGGAAUAUGUAUUGGGGUGGUAGAUGUAGACUUUUAGACAGUACUUUAGUAUGCUGUGAGAGAGAAUGUUGAUGAAUUAGAAGGCAACUGUGGGCUGCUUUGCUGCUCACAUUAUUGUGAACAA